GGUAAUAGUAGCCGAUUCAAUUAUGGGUUCAUGGUCGCGGCGAAGAUGCAAAAAAGCGGACUAUCAACAAGACGCGGAGACUCCGACUCUCGUGGGACAGUGAUCCGCACAACGACCAAUUGUAUCUCGUCCUUGCUGCCUCAAACAAUAAUAUGGGCACUGGUACAGAAUCAUUGUUUCCCUUUGCUAAGGGGACUUACUCAUUAGGUCGAGAAUUCCACGACCCAACCGAGAAACAGGCACUUAUCAAGAGUUGGCUCGAUCUCUGCCAAAAAGAACAUGAAGCUACCUGCAGUGAGACCCAUAAUACGACUGAGGAACGCUUAAAAUUUGUUAAAGAGACCUACUCCGGAGUUAUCGGUGUGGUUGAUAUGCAGCUCAAGGCCUUGCCAGUUGAAAACGAUAUCCCGGCAUGAUACGUUGCCCUAAGCUAUGACUGGGGAAGCGACCGAAAGAAACCUCCAUACAUGUCGACGCAAAAGACAGCAACGACACAUAUAGAGUACGGUGGUUUAAGUUACGCAUGGGUUAAGUUACCAAAGACAAUCCAGGAUACUAUCCUACUUGUCAGUAGACUCGGAGAGCGGUACCUGUGGACAGAUUCGCUUUGGAUUUUCCAAGACAAUCCGAUUGCAUGGAAUAACAACGCUAGCGCAAUGCAUUUUAUAUAUGGGCAUGCCUAUUUCACUAUAUGUGCUGACGGCGAUUCCGAGAGUGGGCUACGCGCUGCAGCGCCUCUGUUACGGACCAUGCAUCCGGUUUACGAAAGCUAAGAGAACAAUAAUGAGGGCACAAACAUUAUCGGGUACGCCCCUGGGAAUUCGCAUAUUAGUCACGCGACCACUUGAGGUAGUCAUCUAUGACUCUGCCUUGAGCAAAUGAGCCUGGACAUUUCAGGAGCAAAUUCUCUCUUGGCGAUGUCUCAUCUUCGCAGAAGGCCGGAUAUGUUUUUAGUGCCGCUUCGCUGGUAUCUCAGAGGAAAUUUAGACUAACAAUAGAGGAACCGGAUAGUCGCUGAAUCGAACGAAUUCCCCUUUGCAGUCACCGGAGGAGUUGAAAUGUCGACCUAUCUGGCUUUAUAUGAGAUAUGUGAGGUCGUAUACGAGUCGCAGCUUAACUAGACCAAGUGAUAUCCUUUCUGCAUUCGAGGGUAUCACCUGGCUCUUCAAGGGGCAUAUGAACCAUGAGCAAUUUUUGUUUGGUUUGCCUACUUCAUGCUUCGAUCUUGCCUUUGUAUGGACUCCAACAAAGUCGCUUAUCCGUCGCAGAAAGCCGCGAAUAGUACCUUCACCUAACAACAAGAGCUACGCACUUGUUACAAGAAGAGAAUGUACAUGUGAGGCUGAAGAUGACUUCCUCAGUGGCGCUCAGUUUCCUAGUUGGGCGUGGUGUGGAUGGAUGGGCGACAAUGGAGCAGGUGGACAAGUAAUUUACCAUGAUAAUAUGCUUGAAGGAUGUCUAUUGAAUAUCCCUCAGUGGCUAGAACAUCAUACUUGGAUCGAAUGGCAUAUACG